GAGGACUUAAUUAUAACAGAUUGGUGUGUGUGUGGUUGUGUUUGUGGCGAUAAGCCAAAUUACAUUAUAUUUUAAUAAUUUAUCAUAUUUUAACCUAGUAAUUGCUUAUUAAGAUUUUUUUUGCGUGGUUCGUUUUUACAUGAUUCCUCAGUGGAAAGGGCCUCUGUGGUGACAUUAUAAGAAAAGCAGCAUAUCGUAGUGGUGCGUGGAUCUCAGCAGGCGUGGAAAGAGUGCGUUAUUGUUAGUUGACACUGAUCAUCAUCAUCAUCAUCUGGCCUGCUAACAAGCGAAGCCGGGAGCUGGAGUUUGCACCAGAGGACUCACCAUGGCGGUAAACCUGGACAAGGAAGCGUACUACCGCCGGAUCAAGAGAUUAUACGGAAAUUGGAAGAAAGGAGAAGAUGAGUUUGGUAAAGUCGAUGCCAUUGUGGUGUCUGUCGGAGUGGACGAGGAAAUUGUGUACGCCAAAUCCACAGCCAUACAGACAUGGCUGUUUGGCUACGAGUUGACAGACACCAUCAUGGUGUUUUGCGACACCAAAAUCAUCUUCCUCGCCAGCAAGAAGAAGGUGGAUUUCCUCAAACAGGUGGCUGUAACUAAAGGCAACGAGAACGCCAACGGGGUCCCGCCCAUCACCCUGCUCACCAGAGAAAAGAAUGAAAGCAACAAGGCCAACUUUGACAAGAUGAUCGAGGCAAUCAGAGGCAGCAAAGAGGGCAAGGUGGUGGGAGUCUUCAGCAAGGACAAAUUCCCUGGAGAGUACAUGAAGAGCUGGAACGACACAAUCACCGCUGAGGGGCUGGAGAAGGUAGACAUCAGUGCCGUGGUCGCGUACACAAUGGCGGUGAAGGAAGACGGCGAGCUGGGCCUGAUGAAGAAGGCCGCGGCCAUCACCAGCGAGGUUUACUCAAAGUUCUUCAAAGAGCGCGUCAUGGAGAUCGUUGAUGCAGAUGAGAAAGUGCGUCACAGUAAGCUGGCAGAGUCGGUGGAGAAGGCCAUCGAGGAGAAGAAGUACCUGGGCGGUGCAGAUCCUUCCACAGUGGAGAUGUGUUAUCCUCCUAUCAUCCAGAGCGGAGGGAACUACAGCCUCAAGUUCAGCGUCGUCAGUGACAAGAACCACAUGCACUUUGGUGCCAUCACGUGUGCCAUGGGGAUCCGCUACAAGUCAUACUGCUCCAACCUGGUGCGCACCCUCAUGGUGGACCCCCCUCAGGAGAUGCAGGACAACUACAACUUCCUGCUGCAGGUGGAAGAGGAGCUGCUCAAAGAGCUCAAACACGGUGUGAAAAUCUGCGACGCCUACAACGCUGUUCUGGAGUACAUGAAGAAAGAGAAGUCGGAACUCGUCGCAAAGCUGACCAAAAACCUCGGCUUUGCAAUGGGAAUUGAGUUCAGAGAAGGCUCGUUGGUUUUGAACUCUAAAAACCAGUACAAACUGAAAAAAGGUAUGGUGCUGAGUAUCAGUUUGGGUUUCGCUGACCUCGUGAAUAAAGAGGCCAAGAAGGACGAGCAGAAAAAGUACGCCUUGUUCAUCGGCGACACAAUACAGAUCAAUGAGGAAGACGCUGCCACGAUACUCACACCAGUCAAGAAAAAGAUAAAAAAUGUGGGAAUCUUCUUGAAGAAUGACGACGAGGAGGAUGAGGAGGAAGACGGGGACGAUGCCGAGGAGCUGCUCGGGAAGGGAGCUCGGAGUGCCGCCCUGCUCGCAGACAGAACCAGACUACUUGGGAAGAAUGAGAUGACGGCAGAGGAGAAGAGGCGGGCCCACCAGAAGGAGUUGGCCAAUCAUUUGAACGAAGAAGCCAAGCGUCGUCUGACGGAGCAGAAAGGAGAGCAGCAGAUUCAGAAGGCCAGAAAAUCCAACGUGUCCUACAAGAACGUCUCUCAGAUGCCCAGAGAAAAGGACAUCAGAGAAAUGAAGAUCUUCAUUGACAAGAAGUACGAGACCGUCGUCAUGCCCGUCUUUGGUAUUGCCACACCAUUCCACAUCGCCACCAUCAAGAACAUCAGCAUGUCUGUAGAAGGAGACUACACCUACCUGAGGAUCAACUUCUUCGUCCCCGGCAGCUCUCUAGGACGACAGGAGGGAAAUAUCUUCCCCAACCCUGACGCCACGUUUGUUAAAGAAAUCACGUACCGAGCAUCCAACCUCAAAGCUCCCGGCGACACGUCGGUGCCCUCCACCAACCUGCAGAACGCUUUCCGCAUCAUCAAGGAGGUACAGAAGCGCUACAAGACGCGAGAGGCCGAAGAGAAGGAGAAGGAGGGCAUCGUCAAGCAGGACUCGCUGGUCAUCAACCUCAACCGCAGCAACCCCAAGCUCAAAGACCUCUACAUCAGACCCAACAUCGCACAGAAGAGGAUGCAGGGCUCACUGGAGGCCCAUACUAAUGGUUUUCGUUUCACGUCGGUCCGUGGCGACAAAGUGGACAUUCUUUACAACAACAUCAAACACGCCAUCUUCCAGCCGUGUGACGGCGAGAUGAUCAUUGUACUACACUUCCACCUCAAGAACGCCAUCAUGUUCGGUAAGAGACGCCACACAGACGUCCAGUUCUACACGGAGGUCGGGGAGAUCACCACGGAUUUGGGCAAACACCAACACAUGCACGACCGAGACGACCUGUACGCCGAGCAGAUGGAGCGGGAGAUGAGGCACAAGCUCAAGUCGGCCUUCAAGAACUUCAUCGAGAAGGUGGAGACGCUGACUAAAGAGCAGCUGGAGUUCGAGGUGCCCUUCAGAGACCUCGGGUUCCAGGGCGCCCCCUACAGGAGUACCUGUCUGCUACAACCCACGUCCGGUUCCCUUGUCAAUACCACUGAAUGGCCGCCGUUUGUGGUGACUCUGGACGAGGUGGAGCUGGUGCACUUUGAGCGUGUGCAGUUCCACCUGAAGAACUUUGACGUGGUCAUCGUCUACAAGGACUACAGCAAGAAGGUCACCAUGAUCAACGCCGUGCCGGUCAACUCCCUCGACCCCAUCAAGGAGUGGCUCAACUCAUGUGAUAUCAAGUACACAGAGGGAGUCCAGUCUCUGAACUGGACCAAGAUCAUGAAGACCAUCGUCGAUGAUCCCGAGGGCUUCUUCGAGCAGGGAGGCUGGUCUUUCUUGGACCCAGAGAGCGAGGGAAGUGGUGCAGAGGAAGAUUCAGAGUCCGAAAUGGAGGAUGAAACGUUCAACCCGUCUGCAAGUGAAGAGGAGGAGGAAGAGGAAGACAGUGAUGAGGACUACAGCUCGGAGACGGAGGACUCUAAUUACAGCGCGUCGGUUGGCAGCGAGGAGGAGAGCGGUAAAGACUGGGACGAGCUGGAGGAAGAAGCCAGGAGAGCUGACAAAGAGAGCCACUAUGAGGACGAGGACACCUCUGCCAUCAACAACAGCAGCAAGAAGAGAAAGGUCCGGCCAUCAGCCUCCAGCAGUGUUCCCAGCAAGAAGAAGCGACGGUCCUAAAUGUCUCUUGCACACGCACACACACACACACACACACACACACACUGCCAAACCUAGUUGACCCUCGACCCUUCCUUCCCCAACUUGCUCUUUUGACUCAAACACUUAACACAAAACACACAUGCUCAGACACACGAUGUGUAUAUAGACGUAGACGCCCCUUAUUUUCGUGUUGGUCAGUGAAGUGUCAUGUUGAAAUGGUAAGAAAGAACCAGCAUGACAGUCUCUCACACACAUUAGUUUUAUUUUAUUUUUCCCCUCUUCAUUCCUUCCUCAUUCUCUUUUGUUUCCACCUCCCAUCUCCAUCCAUCCAUCAGGGUUUCAUGUUUGUGUGUCUGUGUGUGUGCAUGUGUGUUGAAAUGGGUUUUUAUUGCGAGCAUUGUUUAUUUUCUGUUUAAAAAGACACGUUCCUUCUUAUGGAUAAUAAAAGAAAAGGCUUGACAUAUCCUCUGCCAAGUGUUUUUAUAUAUAAACUGAGAAACUCUUCUCCACCUCCUUGUCUAUGUUUUCCCUCAUGUUUUCUUCAGUGUUUGUUAAAUUGUAGUAAUAUGAUUGAACGUCUUUUUUGAGGGGGGCAGAUACAUUUUCUGAUCAUUUCUUUUUUUAAACGGGGUUUGUAAACUUAUGCACACAUACACACCAUCUCCCUCUCACUUCUCCUCUCUGUUCCCCUUUUUUGUUUAUUCUCAGUAGAUUUGUUGUUGUACUGUUCAUUCUAAAAAAUCUGUUUUGUUUUUGUAAUAAAAUUAAAAGGAACUGUA